GAUCCAAGUUUGUGUGUGACGUCAGGCUGCGUGUCGGACGUCGCUCUUCCCACUAGGCUACUCGCUGCUGGGGUAGAAGUUAUUAGUCAGCCAAGGACGGGACAGUUUCCCACUCCAUUUCUUCAUCUAUCGCCCUCUGUGCUAUCCCUCCUGUAUGGUGGACAUUCUUCUCCAUUCUUCUUUCUUGGGUGAUAUGGGGGAUCAUUCCAAAAAGAAGUCCGGAAUCGCUAUGUGUGUCGGCUGUGGAAGUCAGAUCCAUGACCAGUACAUCCUAAGAGUCUCCCCAGACCUAGAGUGGCAUGCAGCUUGCUUGAAGUGCGCGGAAUGCAGCCAGUACCUGGAUGAGACAUGCACUUGCUUCGUUCGAGAUGGCAAGACCUACUGCAAACGAGAUUACGUAAGGUUGUUCGGGAUUAAGUGUGCAAAGUGUAACACCGGCUUUUGCAGCAGCGAUCUCGUCAUGAGAGCCCGGGACAACGUGUAUCACAUGGAGUGUUUCAGAUGCUCCGUGUGUAGCAGACAUCUCCUCCCCGGAGACGAGUUCUCGUUGCGAGACGAGGAACUGCUGUGCCGGGCUGAUCAUGGCUUACUGAUGGAGCGCAGCUCAGCAGGAAGUCCCAUCAGCCCCGGAAAUAUUCACUCUAGCAGAUCAGUACACAUGACAGAGCCUGUGCCAGUAAGACAGCCAACACACCGGAACCACGGUCACAAACAGUCCGAGAAAACCACUCGUGUACGGACAGUGCUGAACGAGAAACAGCUCCACACUCUCCGAACCUGCUACAACGCAAACCCUCGACCGGAUGCGUUAAUGAAAGAACAGUUAGUUGAGAUGACCGGGUUGAGCCCACGGGUUAUACGAGUUUGGUUCCAAAACAAACGUUGUAAAGACAAGAAGAGAACCAAUCUCAUGAAGCAACUUCAACUGCAGCAUAACAGUGAUAAAACCAAUCUGCAGGGCCUAACAGGUACGCCUCUGGUUGCUGGCAGUCCGAUCAGACAUGACAACACUGUCCAAGGGAAUCCAGUAGAAGUGCAAACUUAUCAGCCACCAUGGAAAGCCUUAAGUGAGUUUGCCUUACAAAGUGACCUGGACCAGCCCGCUUUCCAACAACUGGUGUCCUUUUCAGAGUCAGGUUCCCUGGGCAAUUCGUCAGGCAGCGAUGUGACUUCUCUGUCGUCGCAGUUACCGGACACUCCGAACAGCAUGGUCCCGAGUCCUGUGGAGACGUGAGAUCGGCCCCUCACCGGUGACUCCCGUCCCAGCAUGCUCCCGCGCGUCCUGCAUGAGAACAGAUGACCUCACAACCUCGAAAAGGAAAAAGGAUUAAUAAAAUGACACCUUCACGAUGGAUCUUAUUGUGAAGAUACAGUUUGCCAAAAACACGGAGAGACUUUCCCGGGCGAAUUCGAGUUUCAUAACCUGUGGCAUCACAUCUGAAGUAAUUUCCAUGGAUCCAUCAAAACCAGAAGAAACCCCGAGGAAUACAAACAAAAUAUUUUGAUUUGGGUUACGAACCAGACUCUUCUUCUUUUAGUCUGUUUUAACAGUAUUCAAUAAUGGCCAUCAUUGUAUAGAUUUAUCAACACGUGAAUAAUUUCGUUGAGGCAGGAGAGAGACAUAUUUGUCCUUAACGCAUGAUCUCCGCAGAUGGUGUAAAACUGACUCUUGUAAAAUAUUUUAUCUUAUCGGAUGGAAGACUGAUUGUUUGAACUUCUCAAGAAAAAAAGUAAGUUAUUGUUAUUUAUUGUCAGGACAUCCGUCCGUACCAGAAUUAAGAAAUGAACUUAAUAAACUCUGUUAAGUUCUGUUUAUGUCUGAGGAGUUCUGCAUGACAAACAUAUGGACAUCUAUAUUCAGAAGAUAUGUUACUCAUUUAUAUGGACAGCCUCUUGUCAUCACUUUAUUGAGAGAUAGAAAGACUGUUAAUUAAUUUACACAUUUCCGUAAACAACAUGCCAAAGACCUGGCAAAUAGAGGGAGUAGUGAAAGUGUGGAUAGAAUUAAAUGUUAGUGAAUGAGUUAACAGUGUCCAUUAUACUUUGCUUAAGACUGACUUCACAACAAUACAAAGCGCCUUAAAGUGAUUUUUCAGGGUCAUCGAUACUAUAGCCCGCAUUUAUAAUUAGCUUACCUGCCAGUGGAUCACAUCCAGUGAUUAUUCUUAUACCUGCUGCUGUUAUGUGGAAAUCACCGGCUGCAUGGGGUAUGAAAUAGGACUAGGUUAUUGCAUGUAAUGGCGUAUAGCUUCACAAUCUUAUGUUUUCACUUUAUGGCGAAAAUUCAAAAUGUAUUUCGAAACCUCUGGUUUGUCGAGGGCCUGAAAUUUGUACUUUAUAUGUCACAGAAACAUAUGGUUUGCACAUAUAAUUUAUCAAGUGCAUUUAGUAAACACUUUUACUAUAAUCUUAGGUAAAGGUUUGGGAUAAUUGGAAAGAGAUGAGGGUUUUGAUUGAAGAUACAUUAUGAUGUAUGAAUUUAUGAAAACUGUAAAGGGAAACUUAUUUCAUGGUGAUUUAAACGCUCAUUACCGACAAUUUCCAUGUUAUAGAGCGGAUAUUGACCGGCCCAUUGUGCCUAUCCUACGAACCUGUUGUGAUCAAUUCCUUUUUGCUUGUAAAGGCAUAAGUCUAGACAGAGGACAAGGAUCGGCGACCUCUUAUCUGCGCCUGGCAUCACCUGCAAAUGAUACAUUGAAUGGAGCCACAACAAACCCUCCUCUCUUUUGCUGGAGAUUUCGCUAAAGGGGACACCCUCCCAUCCAGCGCACUCUUGCGUGUCUUUGGUUUAUUUUCAUUCCGAUCACAACCCGGCGCUUAGAAUAGCCUCUGGACAUGGGGAGCUCAGGUCAAGCAGCGUCUUGACAUAUCAGACCUCUCCAAUUUGUUCAGCAGUACGACCUUUCUGAUCGGAUGGGAAUGAACUACCAAACAAUGCUCAUCCAGAUUUCAUGGAGAAAAUCGUGCUCAAACCAUACACCAAGGACGCAGCAGGGACGUUUGUCAACGUGGCCAUUUCAUUUUACAUGGCUUCGUUGAAAUUAAGAUGAUGAUUAAAAAUGAAUUAAUUCGGGUGAUUACAU